AUGAAGGUCGCGGCGCUGUUUGCGCUCCUUGGAGCAUCAGCCCUCGUGAGCGGCAAGCCAAAGAAGGAGCCAGAGCCCACCACUUUCAACGGCGUCGAGGUCCCUCCUAUGACAGACCUCACCCCCGCCACUUACGAUGACUGGUUGAAGUCUCACACUUUUGUCAUGGUUAAGCACCAUAGCCCCUAUUGCCCUUUCUGCUUGGACUUUGCUCCCACGUACCAGACUGCCUACGAAUUUUAUCACACGUCGACCCCUAAGGGCUCCGAAGAAUCCUUCAGUGACUUUUACGACUUCAAAUUCGGCUCCAUCAACUGCAUCGCCUACUACGAUUUCUGCUCCGAGCGCAAUGUCACGACAUGGCCUACCACUGUCCUCUACAGGAAUGGCAAGUUCUUGGACAAGGUUCGCGGUGCUAAAAACAUGACUAUCGUCACCGGCACGAUCGAAAAGGCCCUUGAGGAGGUUAAACCUGGAUCGCGCCCUGCCAACUUGGUCAUCCCCAAGGCCGGCGACGACCACGUCGAUUCCGCUGCCUCGGCCAGCACCGAGAAGACUGAAACCGCCCCCGCCGAGGAGGCUGCUCCCAAGGAGAAGACUGAAAAGGAGGACACAAAGGAGGAUACCCCCUAG